UACGGAACAUAUUUUCAAAUUGGUAAUCAAGUUUACUUUCCCGCGAUGUGGCGGUAAAUUGGAAACAUUUCAAGAUUUCGAUAAAGAUUGGGUGAAUUAACAGCAAGCAAAAUGGCUGUGGAUGUUCUUAAUCCAGUCAACAUGAACUGUGAAUUGCUAGCGACCUGCAAUGCUCUUGGGUUCUUAGAAGGUCAUGUUUAUCAGAAGGAACCAGAUUGCUUGGAAACUAUCAAGGAUCUCAUUCGCUUCUUGAGAAGAGAAGAUGAGACGUGCAGCAUUCGACGUCAACUUGGUCAUGCUCAGAUUCUGCAGAAUGAUCUGAUACCACUAACCAAGCAGUACGGCAAGGAUGAAGAAUUGUUUGAAACAACCAUCAGACUUCUGGUUAAUCUGACCCAACCUGCUGAGCUGUGCUUCCAGAAUGUCCCUGAUGAUAAGACGUUCCGCAACUAUUUCCUGGAAGUCUUGUCCGAUCUCCAAGCUUACAAACAAGCAUUUGCUUCCGAAGAGUUUAUGGCUGUCAUGGCGAGAAAACUUAAGAAGAUGCUGGAUAUGGAAUGGGAGAGUCGUCGUGAAGACCACACCCUUCUCAUGGAACGCAUCUUGCUCCUCGUUAGGAAUGUCAUCCACAUACCAGCCGACCCUAAUGCUGAGAAGAGAACUGAUGAUGAUGCGAGCGUCCAUGACCAGGUUCUCUGGGCUCUCAAUGUGAGUGGGAUGGAUAAGCUGAUUCUCUACAUAGCUAGCGCAGAGGGAGAGCAGCAGUGGUGCAUGCAUGCAAUAGAGAUCAUAUCACAUAUGCUCAGAGAACAAACCCCAGAGUCCAUUGCUAAGGCUGGAAGAGUGCAGCAUGCCAGUGAGAGACUGAAAGAGGAGAAGGAAUUGGAAAUGAUCCGUCAAAGGGAGCUGUUGGAGAAGAAAUCGAGACUUAUGAAGGCUAGUGGCAGGCAUUCUCGCUUCGGAGGCUCCUUCUACAUGACCAACUUCAAGUCGAUCAGCGAUCGUGACCUCAUCUACCACCGCCCCCUCCAGCAGGCCAAGACCAUGACGUUUGAGAGUACCAAGAACGCCACCAAGAAACCCAAGAAUAAACUACCCUUACAGGACGGGACCAUCAAUAGGAGAUCAACCUUGAGCAUCAGGCUCUUCCUCAAAGACUUCUGUAUGCUCUUCCUUGAUAACUGCUACAAUCCACUCAUGUAUGCUGUCAAGGACCAUAUUCUUCACCGUCGUGCUCAGGAGAAUGAUGAGUCCUACUACUUCUGGGCAAUGCAAUUCUUCAUGCAGUUCAGUCGUCUAUAUAAGUUCAGAGUGGAUGUCAUCAGUGAGUCAUUCUCCGUCCAGGCCUUCCACUAUGUGAACACCCAGCUCAUCAAGUAUCUUGACAUGAUGACGACGGACAAGAAGGAGGCAGCUGCCUGGUCUAAAAGACUGCAUCUUGCACUGAAAGCUUACCGUGAACUGUUGGCCACACUGAAUGAGAUGACUGGUCCCCAUAGCAACCCAGAGCUGAAGGAGUCUGCUGAUGCAAUCCAGAACAACGUCUUCUAUGUGCUGGAGUACAGGGAGGUCUUUAUCACCCUCCUCAAGAAAUUCAAUGAAGUCAAGUGCACGAGGACAUACCUCAAAGACUUGAUAGAAUCAGCUCACAUCUUCAUGAAGAUGCUGGAGAAAUACUGCAAGAGCAAGAAGACACUUAUCGUGCAGAAAAAGACCAAGAAGAAGGCCAAGCGCAGAAAACGUCGACCGGCCAAGAAACCUGAAGAGAACCAGACCAACGAGGAAGAAGAGAACCAGCUCACCCAGGUCUGGGAUGAUACCCUGGCUACUGAACUAUCAUCCAUGCUCCAAGGUAGAGAGGAUGUCCCAGAUGAUGUAGUCCCAUUCGAUGCUGCUUCUGAGAUGCCGGUGGAAGAACAGAGAGCUGAUGCAAUGGUUAGGAUCCAGCAGAGUUUGAGAUCUGGUAGAGCAGGGGAAGGUCUGGCCUUGUUCAGAGCAGCCAGGGAGGUGUGGCCUGAGGGGGAGGUGUUUGGAGCAGCAGACAUCGACCCUGAGGAAGAGUUCAUGGCACUCAGAGAGAUACACUUCACCAACCUCAAUGUGCCAACCCCAACACAAGCAGAGGCAGAGCCAGAUGCGGAGGAACAGGAAAUGGAAGAAGAAGAUGAAGAAGACGAGAUGGCAAUGGAAGAACAUACAACACGAGGAGAAGAGGAAUUCAACUUUAAACUUUAUGUCAACAAGUUCACUCACCCUGAUGUACUGAGGAACUACAUCAAGUUGCUGACAAGUUUCCGCAGCAACCAGGAGUUCACCAAUCACUGCAUCAUCAAGCUCCUUCAUCGAGUAUCCCUGGAGACGGACAAGGCAGAGCUCCUCUUCCAGAUCUCUCUCUUCAGGAUAUUUCAUAAGAUCCUCCAGGACCCACUGGCAAAGACUGGCCAGUUUAAGGAAAUGGGCAAGUUUGCGCAGUAUGUUCUGAGUCGUUUCUUCAAGGCCUUGCCCACCAACCCCAAGCUUGUGGUGGAACUCCUCUUCUGGAAGGAUGCAAGGAGCGUCUAUGAGAUACAAGAAGGAUACGGAGCAGAACAACCUAGCAAGAAGAGCAAAGCAAAGGAAUGGAAUGAAGAAGAACAGGCUGAGUUAGCAGGACUCUAUGAGCAAUAUAGAGAUGUAGAUGGAGGAGACAAAGAUGCGGUUGAUCUCAUCAUGGAACAUCUGAUUGAUGACACCAAAACUAGAAGACAGAUCAUCACGCAGCUUGUGAAACAAGAAUUGGUAGACAGUGCUUUAGAUCUCAAGAAGACCAAAGGAGCCAAGAGGGUAACGCUGUGGAGAGAGGAACACGAGUUGGAGCUGAGGGCUCUCUUUGAUCAACACAAGGAUGCUAAUGAUAUUGUUGGUACCAUCAUAGAGCACAUGGCUGAGAAGAGGUCCAAGAACAAGGUCACACAGAAGAUCCUAGACAUGGGCCUCGUCCAGGACCGUAAAGAACUCUACAAGAAACGCAGGAGGAAGGCUGACGAUGGAAACGGGACAACCAGGAGGAGGCGUAGAAGAUAUCGUCAUGGAGACGAUGAGGAUGGCUUUGAUGAUGCAGCUGAAGAAGAUGAUGUGUAUGCUGAUGGUUUACAAGAAUUUCCAGAUUCCGAGCCAGACUACACGUCCUCUAGUGAUGAUGGUAGCAACGAUGGUGAUGAAGAGAAUAGUGAUGAAGAGGAAGAGGAAGGAGACGAUGAUGAUCAAGAAUUGCCACUGGAUGAUGUCAUCGUUAAACUUCAGAGGAAAGGGUUAGCGGAACAGAUUCGAUGGAUACAGGAAGGUUUGAGGAGGACUGCUGAGGACAGAGAAGAAAGUGGAGAUAACCAGGCCAUUCCAAUCGUCCCAUUGUCUGCAGAGAGUGGUGUUGCCAUGAGGAACAAGGCUUUCCAGAAGUUCUUGAAGAGAAUUGGUCUCUCAGAACCUAGAUCACAUGAGGAAGUGUACUGGCGCAUGCCUGGAGAGCUAUCUGCCUCUACACUGCGGGAAAUAGCAGACUCCAUCGAACCCAAGGAAGGCAUUGAAGUAGUACCUACACAACCCAAGAAGAGCGGCAAGAAAUCCAAGGCUCGCUACCAGAUGCUGAAACAGAUGGCGCUCUCCAAACGUAAGGAGAAGGAAGAGAGACAGUCGAUCCGCCAGAAACGCAGAGAGGCUAGACAGUCGACAGAAGGACCAGUGAAUGAAGAGAGUGUUGCUGAUUUAUAUGAUGCAGAGACUGAUGUCAGCGGAGAGGAGGAGGAGGAGGAUGUUGGUAAACCGUCUGCUGGAGGACAAAGGUCGAGGAUCAAGAGGUCGCUGCCCAGCGACUCCAGUGAUGACAGUGAUGAUGACAAACUCAGCUCCUUUAUGAACAGACACCGAGUAGACUCAUUGCCUCAAGAGAAGCCAGCAAAACGUAGCAGACUGGUGUCCAGUGAUGAUAGUGAUGAUGAAACAGACAUCAAGACUCCCGUACAAAAGAAGAAGAAGGACAUCAAGCUGAACAAACAAGCGCGCUUGGUUUCUAGCGACGAUGACAGUGAUGAGGAUAGAUUGGAGAUUGAUGAAGGUGUUUCCACUGCCAAGUCAUCUCCAGUCUCCAAGACAACAAAGCGCUCUAGGGUGGUUGCUAGCGAUGAAAGUGAUGAAGAGAAGGAAGAAGCUGAGGAGGAGGAAGAAGAGGAGGAGGAGGUGGACGACACCCAAAGCGAAAUCUUUGAUGUGAUCGUUAAGCCACCAAAGAAAACUCUGAAGAGGCAGACUCCGUUUGAUUUCAGCGAUGAGGAAGAAGAUGAGGAAAACCAGGCGGAGUCUGAACCUGUUGCCAUGGCUGCAAAUGAAUCUGCAUCUCACGACCAGUCUCUCCAUCUCGUGCUCUCCUCAGACAGCCCCAGCGAUUUGGAUGUGACGAUGAAAGAGGGUGCAACCACCGAAAACGAGGAUCCAGAGGACGUUCCAGAAGAUGAUCCCAUGGAGGACAAUGCCAGCAAUUUUAAGAAAGAUACCACAAACAAUGCAACCAAUGAUAAUGCUGAGAACUACCUGGAUAACAAACCAAUGGAGGAGAGUGAUGCAGCCGAAGUGGUUGAGGAUAACGAGGAGGAGGGAGAGUGGGAAGAGAUAUGCGAUGAUGAUAGUGAUUUUGACAUGACCUCUAGCAACCAACGAGCAACGUCUGCAAGCCCUGCAGUGGAAGCAUCUAGCGACAGUGACUCUGAUGACGAUGUCCCGCUGAGAAAGGUUGCCAAGCGGAACGUCAUAUCAUCCGACAGUGAAGAUGAAUAGAUAGAUCAGUGGAAGCAUAUAGCGACAGCAAGACAUAUGAUGAUUUGCCAUCAAGAAGGUUCCUAAGUGAAAUGCUAUCUCUUCAGCCAGUGAGGAUGAAGGGUAGAUCAGAAAGAAAGACACAGAGCGAUAACUUGACCUAAAUGUUUUUGCAGAGAUAUUUAUAUCUGUUUGUACAGUUGACUGAGAAAUAUAUUAUACCGGUAGACUUUUUGUAACUUGAGAUGUUCCCCUUGUUCAUACGUAGUACAUGUACUAUCAUGUUUCUUGUUAUAUGUAUCAUGAGAUGUAAAAGUGUAUUAUUGACUUCCUGUAUAUAAACUGUAUUGUGGAGGGCCGAUUCCAAGAGAUUUGGAGAAACCAAAUCUUCUUCCUAAAGAGAAGGUGGUACAAAAAUGACAAACAAAUCAUUACGAAUAAUUGUAGUAAAGUGUUGAGCUUUCAUUCAAUUAUCUUUCUGAUAGAUGUAUAGAAAAUGUUGGCAUAGUGAGAAUGUUAUGUUUUGUCUGUUCUUCCUAAACUUCAUAUAAAUUGAUGGAGAACAUCACUUUUAUUAGGUGACGUUCUUAAAGAUAAAGAUCAGUUAUGGUCUUGCGAUUGCAUUGUGAAAGAAACUUGGUGGAAUCGAUCAGAAAAGGUUG